AUGACAGAGGAGCCAGUGCGGACAGACAGUGAGAUCCUUCGCGAAGACUCCAUCAUGGGUUCCGGUCAGAGAGAAGACAAGGACAGCACGGCCUCCAGCCCAACAGGCUCCUUGCGUCACCAUCCGCACUCGUCCCCCUUGACACACAACCCCAAGGAGAUCUGGAAGAAAGGAGGCCGCAUGUUCUCGGUCCUGCUGGCCAUCAAUUUGGUGCUACUGGCCUGCACCCUGGUGAGCAGUGCGGCCUUCAACAAGGUAGCUGUGCACGACUACGACGUGUUUUUCAUGCUGACCAUCAUAAUGCUGAUCUGCAUUGCCUGGAUCCUUUUCUACCUCAUCGUCACCGCCAAGCGCCGGGACGCCAUCCUCUACAAGGACUCCCAUGCAGGACCUGUCUGGCUGAGAGGAGGCCUGGUUUUGUUUGCCAUUUUCACCCUCGUGAUGGACGUGUUUAAAACUGGAUAUUACUCCAGCUUCCUCAACUGCCUGUCCGCCAUCAAAAUCAUCUACCCUCUCGUGCAGGCUGUGUUUGUAAUCAUCCAGACGUACUUUCUGUGGAUUUCUGCCAAAGACUGCGUUCACGUGCACCUGGACGUUACCAGGUGUGGCUUGAUGCUGACGUUGACCACUAACCUAGCCGUGUGGAUGUCAGCCGUAACGGACGAGUCUGUGCAUAAAGCACACACAAAAUUCCAGAACGUUACAGAAGGAACACACAGAUGGAUCAUGAAAGCUGGAACAGCAAGUGGCUCAACAGAAAGCUGUAGCUGUGACAGCCAAAUUUGCCAAAUCUUCCAGAGUGGCUAUUUUUGGUUGUAUCCCUUCAACAUUGAGUACAGUCUUUUUGCCUCUGCCAUGCUGUAUGUGAUGUGGAAGAACGUUGGACGCCUCAUAGACCACCACACCCACCACAUCCACCACCUGAAAUUCAGGCUCUUCAGAAGGACCUUCUUUGUGGGCAUCAUUUUGGGGCUGUUCAUACUAGUGAGCGGCCUGGCUGUCCUCAUUAUUUAUGAGGUGCAGGUGAAUAGCAGCAGCCAGCCAGACAAGAAGGACGAAGCACUCAUCAUGUAUUACACCUUCAACAUAGUUUGUCUGAGCCUGAUGUCUCUUGUCUGCAUCGGAGGUUCCAUUGUCUACAGGUUUGAUAAGAGAGACAUGGACCACCACAAGAAUCCAACCAGGACUUUGGACAUGGCCUUAUUGCUGGGGGCUGCCUUGGGGCAAUAUGCUAUCUCCUACUAUUCAAUUGUGGCUGUGGUGGCCAGCACUCCAAGGGAUGCCAUAAGUGCCCUCAACUUGACCUACUCGCUGCUGAUGAUCGCACAGCACACCUUCCAGAACAUCUUCAUCAUCGAAGGCCUUCAUCGGCAGCCCCCAGAAGACGACCACAAAAUUCAUCCUCACCAGAAGGAUCUAUAUGGACUCACCUUUGUCAACAUCAAUGCCGUAUCCCUCCGCGUCCCCGAAAGCGGCAGUGCCCAGCCGUCCCCGUUGCCCCACAGUCAAGGUGCGGUAGCAAUCCAGCCUUCAGAUGUAGUGCAGUCCAUAAUGAUCCCCAAGAAGGUGAAAUGGAGGAGGAAGUUCCUAAAGGAGAUCUCCUUGUUCCUGCUCCUGUGCAACAUAAUUCUCUGGAUCAUGCCAGCAUUCGGCGCCCGGCCACAGUUCGACAAUGACAAGGAACUCAGCUUCUAUGGCUACUCGAUGUGGGCUGCCAUCGUGGACAUUUGCCUGCCCUUCGGGAUCUUCUACCGCAUGCACGCAGUGGCCAGCCUGCUGGAGGUCUACAUCAUGUCUUAA